AUGGUUGUCGCCACGAUCAAGUGUGUUGUCGUCGGGGACGGUGCCGUUGGCAAGACAUGCUUGCUCAUCUCCUACACCACCAACAAAUUCCCCUCCGAAUAUGUUCCUACAGUUUUUGAUAAUUAUGCCGUCACGGUCAUGAUCGGUGAUGAGCCUUAUACACUCGGACUCUUUGACACUGCCGGACAAGAAGACUACGAUCGACUUAGACCGUUGUCGUAUCCUCAAACCGACGUCUUCCUCGUUUGCUUCUCCGUCACCUCCCCAGCAUCCUUUGAGAAUGUUCGCGAGAAAUGGUUUCCCGAAGUCCAUCACCACUGUCCCGGAGUUCCAUGCCUGAUCGUUGGCACCCAAACCGAUCUUCGAGAUGACCCCUCGGUCCGAGAAAAACUAUCCAAGCAGAAGAUGCAACCCGUCCGAAAAGAAGAUGGAGAACGCAUGGCCAAGGACCUGGGCGCCGUAAAAUACGUCGAAUGCAGUGCUCUGACCCAGUACAAGCUGAAAGACGUGUUUGACGAGGCCAUUGUCGCUGCAUUAGAACCCCCUCCAAAGAAGAGCUCCAAGAAAUGCACAAUCCUCUGA